GUUACCGAUCCACCACCGACCCACCCACCAGCGAUUCGUAGCCGCAACAUCCGCCCCAAGAUGUCGCCGCAGUCCAUCUACGUCACCCGCCACGGCACCCGCCAGGAUUUCGUCUCGUCCGAGCCCUUCGUUUCGCUGACCGGCUCGGAUGUGGAUCCGCCCCUGGCCGACACAAUCGGCGAGAAGCAGGCCCAGGCGCUGUCGAGGUACCUGUCGGGCCUGACCGAGUCCAGCAAAAUCAAGCACAUCUUCUGCUCCCCCUUCACCCGGUGUCUGCAGACCGUCCGGCCCUUUGCCGAAAGCCAGGGCCUGCCCAUCAAAAUCGACUACGGGCUGGGCGAGUGGUUCAAAACCGACGAGCCUGUGGAUGAAGACCCGGCCACGGCGCCGUCUCUGGAUGAACUUGCUGCUCUCGACCUGUUCAACAUUGACCCCUCGUAUCGGUCGCCCCUGCAGUACAACGACACCUGCUGGGAAUCCAAGGAAGGCCUCCACGACCGCCUGAGGGAGACUGUGCUGCGGAUUGCCAGAGAAUACGAGGACCAGGGCGAUAUCCUGAUCGUCACCCACGCAGCCCCGAUGAUCUGUGUGGGCAGGGCACUCUGCAGCGACCGGCAGUUGAUUGUCAAGUGCGGCGUGGCCUCGCUUUUCAAGGUCUCCAAGGACGACCCCUCCGCGCCCGGUCCCUGGCGCCUGGAUCUCAACGGCGAAACGUCCUACCUGGAGGGCGGACUGGAAUACGACUGGCUCUUCCACGACGAACGGACGCCCGAGUGGAUAGCGGCCCACAAAUAGAGCUGGGAUUGAUGGCGCUGGCUGGCUGGCUGGCAAAGACGGGCGGAGGACUGUUGCGGCGCAAAUGCUGCUCGUCAGUCUCCCGCACGAUGUGUGGACAAUACAGUGCUCAUUUUGAAACCG